AUGAGCAUCAUCAAGCGCGAGGGCGUGCCGGACGACUCCCACGGCGGGCCGCCCUCGCCGCCGCUCGCGGGCGCGCCGGGCGGCGCGCCCGGGGCCGCCGUGCAGAGCGCCGUGCUGGAGAAGGUAGAGUACCCCCGGCUGCCGCCGCGCUCGGCGCCAUCCUGGCGGCUGCCGGAGGGCCUGGGUAGCCGAGCGGCCAUGGGCGUGGCGCUGAGCGAGGCCACCGCCGAGGAGCUGGAGGCCCUGCGCCUCGCCUGGGGCGUCCGGCCGCGGGGCGCCCGCGGCGGCGCGGAGGGCGCGGGGCAGCAGAAGCCGACGCAGAAGGAGGCCUACUUCGACUGCCUGGCGGCGAUCGCGCGGCGCGCCGAGCGCGCCUGCGUCAUGCAGGCCCUGCGGCCUCCGCCGCAGGAGGCGGCCGCGCCGCUGCCAGGCUCCGCCCCGACCGCGAGCGCGAGCGAGGCCGCCCUGCUGGCCCGCAGGGCACGGCUGCAGAAGGAGUUGGCCGAAGCCCGCGAGUUGGAGCGGGGCAUGCAGAAGCUCGACGAGGAGAUCUCCGAGGCGCAGGAGGCGGGCCGCCUCCCCGCCUUCUGCGGUGACGGGGUCGAGGACCUCAUCGCGCGGCUGUCCGAGCUGAGCCCUGGAGUCUCCCCCGGCUUCGAGACCGACGAGGCGUUCAGAGGCCGCGCCGAGCACGCACUGCGCCGGCUGGCCCUCGUGGAGCUGUGGCUCGGGGGCACGCAGCUGAG